GCACAUAAAUAUAAAUAAUACAAAUAAAAAACGAACUUAAGAGAAACAUGCCGAACGAAUUGAUAACGCCAAAAGGCGUCUACAAAGUAAGUAAGCGAUUCCGAGAUGUAGAGAAACGCCGAGAGGAUUGGCUUCACCGUGAAAGUAGACGAACAUAUGUCCAUCCAGCUAAGAAAACGCUAGCUCGGUCUAUUAAAAUAGUUGGAUUAUAUUUAGCAUUAUAUUUGUGUAUUGCAGUUGUUUUAGCAUGUAAUGUAUUAAUUUUGUACAAUUUUCGAGUGCCCAACAAUGAACCCCUUGAGCGUAAGUGCACGAGUAUGUCCUCCGUGCCGGGUAAUUUUGUGGGGGAUAGAAAAAUAAUACGAUUCCAGGCAGAUCAACGGAAUGAAAUAACGCCCUAUGUUACUCAAAUGUAUAAAUUUGUUAAAAAAUAUGGCAACGAAGGAAUGCGUCGCCUGCGGGCAUGUAAUUUAGAUAAUAACUGGGGUUACAAUAGCGGCCUGCCAUGCAUUCUAUUGAAACUCAAUAUGGCAAUACAUUUCAAUGCUGUGACAUAUACCAGCUCCAUAACACUCCCGAAAGAGGUGCCAAACGAAUUGCACGAUUAUAUUCUACAGUUGCCGCUGGAGGAUCGCAUAGAUCGCAUAUGGGUUAGCUGUUCCUUCUUAGAUAAUACGACGGACGCGAAAGUGGAGUAUAUACCGCAUCGGUAUUAUGAUGCCGAUGGUCUGUUUGAAAAGGAAAAUUUUUAUUUGCAUACUAUCUCUGAGAACUUAACGGCUGCAAAUAUCCGCGAGAAUCCAGCGUUUCGUCGCGUUAUUGGCGUACAAUUUCAAUAUUUGCCAAUGAAUCGAGAUGUUACCAUCAAAUGCACAGCAUGGGCAAAAAAUAUUCCUCUAGACGUCGGUUCAAUAGUUGUUAUAUUUCGCAUUGAAGGGCAUGAAGUUUUUCCAAAUCCCGAUCCAGACUUUGAAGAAGCUUCCGAUUUGAAUUUUAACUGAAUAGUUAACAUGUUAAAUUUA